AUGCAACAGACUCGAUUUUUCGCGGAGUCGUUAAAACAUCUGAUAGGAACGUGUCCGUUAGAGCCAAGAGAUAUUCCUGCAUUCUUUGAACACGUAGAGAAAAUUUUUCGAAACUAUCACGUAGACGGAGAAAUUAAAGCCAAUUUGUUGAUAAUGAGUUUGAACGAAAAGGCCAAAACGUGGUUACAUACUAUUUCCGCCGACGGUCUGAAGGAUUAUAGCGAAAUUAAAAGACUCAUUCUGCAGGAGUUCAGGUUAAACUCGACAAAAUUGAGAGAUGAAUUCUUUGCCCUGAGAAGACAGAAAAGCGAAUCGUACACGAGUUUCGGGGCGAAAUUAUACGGCACGCUGAACCACUAUUUUCAAAGCCGUAACAUUACGGGAUUAGAAGAUGCAAUGAAAUUAAUAUGUGCAGAUAGAAUGAAAGAGUUGCUAUCAAGACAUACUCUGGAAUUUAUUUUGUCACAAGAGCAAGCAGCUUCCUGGAUGAGUCCUGACGUGUUGGCACAAACGAUCGACAAAUAUGAAACUGCCAUGAACAUGAAAGUUUCGAGCGACAAUACAUGUAUGCCGGAGAGUAUCAAUCAGAUACAAUCAUUUCGAGAAAAUGAGCACCAGAUGUAUAGAAGUAGCAACAACAAAUCAGCUUCACCCAAACAAACCUGCUUUUCUUGCGGGAAGAUUGGUCAUAUUGCAAAGCACUGUACAUGGAAAAAUAGAAUUACACCUACGGCCACUAGAAAAGUCAUGCGCUGUGAGACGGACAAAAAAACGCAGAGACCAGUUGAAAUCGAAUCACCAAUAAGAACAAAGGAAGUUGUCAUUGAAGCAAACAAACUUUAUGAUCGCAAGUACAUCGAAGUAAAUAUUAACGACGAGAUUGAUCAAAAGGCGUUAAUUGAUAGUGGAUCAGAAAUAUGCUGCAUCAGUGAAGAGAUCAGCUACCAGUUAAAAUUACAGCCGGUAGACACUAUAGCAAUAAAGGGAAUUGGACAACAUUUCGACCAUACGAAAGGUGUAUGGAUUCAGAUCAAACCUACUUGGCUAUUAUUAACUCCAAGUGUCGUUGACUUGAUCGAGGAGAUGAAAUUCUAUGACGUCCCGAUUCCACAAACAAACCUGUCAGAAAUUGAUGAAUCAAUGAAGCUGCAAAAGAUGCAGGAUUCGGCAAGUAAGAGAAACGAAUUAACCUGCGAUAACCCGGUGGUUGACAAAACCGAACAAGUAAAUCCAGUGACCGUCGAAGUCAAACUAGUUGAAAGGGAAAUAGGGAAGUCGGUAAAUGAAGCAAAAGUGAAGAGACAAGAUCCGAUGUCUGACGUAGAAGAAUCAACCGACGAAGACCAGGAAGUUGACAAACCCGAUUUAGAAGAGACGGGAAGUAGGGAUAGCGCGGUUGCUGAAAAAUCAACACUCCUUGAAGAACAACUAGCGUGUGAAUCAUUAAAAAGGUGUUGGGAAUACGCUAAAACCGGAAAACACAACUUCUUCAUAGAAGAGGGCGUUGGAGGUAUGUAA